GUUCGUCCUUUCUUGUCACGUCAAAUAGCAACGGAAACGAAUCUGAAAACGUUUCAAGAUAAGAACAACCCAAUUGGAAAUAUCACAACAUCAUCAUUAUCGCAUGCGAAUCAUAAGAACCUUGAACGGUAGAAGAAAUUCGUGCGAUUCUUUGGAUCUAAUUUUCAAGAACAUAGUACAGGAUUACAAGGCAUCGACGCUUUCCGGCGCAUCACUAUUCGGCCUCUGUCGCAAGCAUCACUUUACUUUUUUGCCUGGAGAAUAAACAAACAAUUCCCAUUGUUACCACAACAUUAUUUUCGUUAUCAUAUCUCACGCCUCAAAUCAUUCAAACAUAUACCUCAAAACUGCAUCUAACAAAAGAUGUUAUUACCAUCGGCCUUCGCCUGUGGCGACUCUUCGCAACCACAUUCACAACAGUCUCGAAAUCGCAAUCUCCUAUUCGCAUCACCACCUCUUUCACCUACCCUUUCACCAUCUUCUACACCUACCAUCAGCAAUCUGUUCCAAUCAUGUCGCGCUUUACAAUCUAUGCUCACAACUCCAACACAAUUACCUUCGCCACCCACAGUUCACGCAGAUUUUCCUUCAUCGCUUCCUACAAUUAGCAACUCGCCUACAAAGCUAAGAUUGCGCAUACCGUCCACAGCAAAGAAAAUCGGCCCAGAAGCCGCAGAUAGGAAACGUAUUACGAAGCGAGCACAAAGAGAAGCUCCACGAGGAAUUAGUAAGAGGAGGAGAGCGAUGGAUGAUGAUAUCAUUUGUGAGGAUAUGGGUGAUAUUUCGGAACAGGAACAUGAGAAUGCAGGAUCCCAAGCUCCCAGUACACCGAAACGUAGGCGGAGAAUCGCACCAGAGGUGUUACCUUUGGGCUUGGAGAGGAGUGAUUUCCAUACUCUUCGCUUGGCCGAAAUGGAGAAACCUAAUGAUGGGAGCGCUUUUAUCUUUAGUGCGGGGGAAAGUUCACAGCGUGUUGAGAGUGGAGCACAGGAAUACAAGGAGGGGGAAAAAGAUGGAGAGGAUUGGUCAACGGAGGAGGAUAGAAUGUUAGUAGAGUUAGUAUUGGAAAAGCUCAAGUUGAGUAAAAGUGAUUGGCAAGAUUGCGCGAGGAGCCUAGGGAAGGAUAGAGGGAGUGUAGGAAAGAGAUGGAAGAGUCUAAUGGGUGCUGGGGAAGUGGGAUUGAAGGGAAGGAGAAAGACAAGGUCGAAUUUACAUUCUACUUGGAGAUGAAUUUCUUCUAGACGUAAAUUUUGGGCAGUUGGGUUUAUUCACCUACAAGCUUUCAUUUAAGCUAUUUUUGGGAAAAUACUUCAUAAUACAGGUAGGUGUACAGGGGUUUAGGAAAAUUAGCGGCUUGCAAUAGCAAUGGCAAUGGAAUUAUUUUUGUAUCUAAUAUCUACGAACCCGUAAGAUUUGGACAGAGAAUUAUUUUGAUAAUGGGAUUCACAUCAUAGUUCUUAGGAAUUGAAAUGGAUGUUGGCUUGUGUGGAAUUGGCUGUUAUAAAGACCAAAUAAUCGUCGU